AUGUCUAAUCCACACAACCAACAAUCCGUCAACUCAACCAAAAAAACCUCAUCACAUGGCAGCACUCCACCAACAACCAGUGGCAUAGCUGAGAACUCCAGCAUUGGAGCUCCGAUUACCACCGGCGUGACCGUUAGUCCAGGGGUUUGGGCACAAAUGCAGACCCUCCUCGCUUUGCUUCCAAUCCAACAAACAGCACCACCUUCUUUGUAUUCCGCAGCUCAAUCAGGUGCUCAAAAUCAGAAUUUGAUAACGUCGGACCAAUCUUUGGGGACUUUUUUGUCAAAACCUGGCUUUGACUACGAUCAAGGUGAAGAAAGCACUCCAGCUUCUGGCCAAGAGAAAGAAUCUCCUGAUGCCAAAGCCGAUCAACCAAACAAGUCAAGCCCCGAUCCAGUCAAUCAAUUCCUAGAGAACAAUCCAGCUUCUGGCCUCAGAGAAGGCAUUUCCGCUGAUUCCCAAGCCGACAAACCAAACAAAUCCGCAAGAUACGAUGAACACCUGCGACUUUAA